AGUAAAACGAAUAUCAAGUCGCAGCAAAUAUAGUUAAUGACUCUGAAGAACCCAAUUGAUUUCCAGCCCUGCCCUUUCUUUUCUUCUCCACUUCCAUAGUCAUGGAAGCCACACUAACUUCUUAUUUAAAAUUUACCAUCUUGCGUUGAAAUGCUUCAAACAAAAGCCCUUUGUUGUGCCAUUAUCCCUCAAUCCUUUUUUUUCAAAAGGGUAUUCUUCAAAAGCCCCAAAUGAUUUCCCAGCUCUGUCGAAACCACAAUUUUCUUUUCUUCCCUUGUAUACAUGAAAAACCCUUUGCAACCCAACACCCAUUUUCUGUCUCCCUCAAAGCUCCAAGCUUUUGCGGUUCUAAGGUUACCCAUGUUCCUCGAGUUUCAAGGGUGCAUUCUAUUCAGUCAUACUAUUCUGUGAAACGGGUAUCUCGGUAUGUAACGGCCAAAGUGCAGGAUGUGCUCUUAGAUUACUUGCAUUCAAGUAGGGGAUAUAGCUUCAUUGAUGCUGAGUUCAUUAGCAAAAAUUCACCUUUUUUUGUUCAAGGUUUGGUGUCUGAGUUCCAUGCACAGGAUGAUGAUGUUGCCAGGUGUUUGAGGAAAUUCCUGAGAUACAAUCCCAUUAAUGAGUUUGAACCAUUUUUUGAGAGUUUGGGAAUUAGCCCUCAUGAGUUGCAUUUGUUUCUCCCACGCGGCAUGAUGUUUUUGUCUGAUGAUCAUGUUUUGCUUGAAAAUUUUCAUGCUUUGAGUAAUUAUGGAAUUCCACGAAAUAGAAUAGGGAAAAUUUAUAAGGAGACAAAAGAGGUUUUUGGGUAUCCUAGUGAACUGUUGUUGUCAAAAAUUCGAGCUUACGAGAAUUUGUGUUUGAGUAGAUCCGUGGUCAUCAAGCUUGCUGUUUGUUGCCCUUCACUUUUGGUUGGUGAAACAAGCCGUGAAUUGGUCAUGAUUCUUGAUUGGUUGAAGAAAAUUGGUAUUGAACAUGAUUGGAUUGGGAAAUAUUUGUCUUGUUCAAAAAGUUAUGACUUGAAAAGAAUGCUUGAUGCUAUGCAAUUUCUUCAUAAAGUGGGCUAUUCUGAGAAACAGAUGCACAAUUUGUUCAAGGAAAACCCUGUAUUAUUGAUGGAAGGUAUUGGGAAGAAGCUGUAUGCAUUUUUGGGUCUAUCAUUAAAGUUAGGUCUCAGUAAGAAUGUGAUUUAUUCUUCUUUUAUAGAAUAUCCCUAUAUCAUGUCAAAUAAAUGUGCCAAAAAUCUCUUGAGAGUGAUUGGUUUUUUGUGUUAUGUUGGAAUGGAAACAAAAGACAUUUCACACAUUUUGGCUAAACACAUGCAUCUCCUGAGCUUGCAUCCCUUGAAAGGUCCUAAAGCUGUUUGUUGGCAGUUAAAAAUUGGAAAAGCUGAUUUAUGCCAAAUCAUAAAGGAUGAUCCACGGAAGCUUAUUAGUUUGGCUUCAAAACUGAAACAGAAUAGUGCUGUACAGCUAUCGUGUGAUGACCCAAGCAAGCAUUUAGAGAAAACAACGUUCUUGCUGAAACUGGGAUAUGCAGAGAACUCUGAGGAGAUGGCAAAAGCAGUAAAAAGGUUCCGAGGGAGAGGUGAUCAAUUACAGGAGAGGUUUGAUUGCCUGGUUCAAGCUGGUUUGGACUAUAACAUUGCAAUCAAAAUGAUAAAACAGGCUCCUAUGAUUCUAAACCAGAACAAAGUUGUAAUUCAAAAGAAGAUUGAUUUCUUAAGAAACAUUUUAGGUUACCCAUUAGAAUCUGUUGUGGCAUUUCCAGUAUACUUAUGCUAUGAUUUGGGGAGAAUUACGCUCAGACUUUCAAUGUAUGCAUGGGUGAAGGAAAGGAAAGCAGCAAAACCAAUGAUGACCUUGAGCACUAUUCUUGCAUCCUCUGAGGAAAAGUUUGUAAAAUACUUUGUGAAUGUGCAUCCUGAAGGUUCAACAGUCUGGGAAGGUCUAAAGAGAUUAUCGCAAAAGGAUUAGAGCUAACUCUUCCCUUAAGUUUUGUCUGGAUGUCUAUUUAUCUUAAAAUAUGCCUUGCUAACUCAUUUUACCCAAAAUACAAUUUUUAUUUUUUAUUUUUGGCGAUAGGAAGUUCCUUCGUAAAUGAAUAGGCUUUUUUCUUUUUUUUAAAAGAAAAUGCACAUUAAAAAAAUCUAUUUAAUUGUUGAUUCAUCCUUUAGUUUCUCUUUACUUUUUUUUCUCAUUCUUGAUGUCUGAUUAGACUGAGGUCAUUGAAGUGUUACUAAGGUGUGUAUUAUUAUUAUUUAUAUGAUUUGGUUUUAACUAUUUUCUUUUAUUCUGAACAAUUGAUUAUCAUUAAACAAAUCCCAAUGAAGACCAACUGUCUUCAGUUGAAGAUGUUUGAUAAAUGUAAUCAGGAAAAGCGAAACUGCGUUUUUAAUUGUAUUGCUUCAUGGUAAUUAAGGUGAUUACCUUCAAAGACGGCUUCUUUGCCAUAUCUUUUGUGUAUCAAUCAAGUAUAUAUCCAUAACCAGAUUCUCGCUCUGGGAUAAGCUGUUAAUGCUAAUCAAUGGAAACCAAACAAGCUUCAUGUAUGAUGAAAUCAACAACCAAAAGAAGAAACAGCAUCGGAAUCGUGACAGAGGAUAGGCUAUAAUAUCUUUAGUGGAGGGAUAUUUUGGAACUGAAAUGUAUAUUGAAAAUUUCUUCUUAAGAUAAAGCAACCUUUUAGUUUAUUUAUAUAUGGAUCUAUGGAUAUUCACAGUUGGGUUUAUUUAAAGAAUCUUAAACCCUGUUUCUUGCUCUGUGUACACUACACAUGACAUGAUUUCUUCUGACAAAAGCAUUUCCUUUGGUCUAAAGUGUGAUGCAAUGCAGUAAGUUAAUAUAACCCAGCAACUUUUCUUCUUGUUCC